ACUGGGACUCCCAGUCCCGGCACUGGGCAGGAGCGGGUGAUACCCCGAACUGGCAGAGUCGGGCUCGCUCGGGGGUCCCCGCACAUUUGUAGUCUCUGCUGUGAGCAGUGAUGGAGAGCGUUCGUGUGCUGGGAGCUGGGGCCGUGCUGGUGGCACUGGUGGUGCUGGGAGCCCAUGGGGCUGGUGGCGAGGAGGCCUCAGGGUUUUUCCAGGAGCUGUCUUACUCUGAAUGUUAUUACCUCAACGGCACCGAGCAGGUGAGGUUUGUGGAGACGUACAUCCACAACCGGGAGCAGUGGCUGCACUUCGACAGCGAUGUGGGGCACUAUGUGGCUGACACCCCCCUGGGGAAGCCUGAUGCCGACUACUGGAACAGCCAGCCGGACCUCCUGGAGCAAAAACGGGGUGAGGUGGACACGUUCUGCCGGUACAACUACCAGAUUGAUAAACAUCUCGCAGUGGAGAGGAGAGAUCAGCCCGAGGUGGAAAUCUACCCGGAGCAGUCGGGCUCCCUGCCCCAGACCAACAGGCUGGUUUGCGCCGUGAUGGAUUUCUACCCGGCAGAGAUCGAGGUGAAGUGGUUGAGGAACGGGCAGGAGGAGACGGAGCACGUGGUGUCCACGGAGGUGAUGCAGAACGGGGACUGGACCUACCAGGUGCUGGUGAUGCUGGAAACCACCCCGCAGCGCGGGGACACCUACACCUGCCACGUGGAGCACGUCAGCCUGCAGCACCCCGUCACCCUGCACUGGGAGCUGCAGUCGGACGGCGCCAGGAGCAAGAUGCUGACGGGGGUGGGGGGCUUCGUGCUGGGGUUCAUCUUCCUGGCGCUGGGGCUCUUCCUCUACGUACGCAAGAAGGGCGCCGCGUUCCCCAGGCUGCAGGGCUCCUGAACCAACUCCUGCCCCUGCACAUCUGCUCCGCCAUCGCCAGCUGUCCUCUGCCCCCC